GCGCAGACGCUUAACUCCUUCCCUGAUCAGCUGACUGUGAGUAAGAUGCUCUGUUGAAGGACCAUUGAGUCAAAACCCUGCUAUUAUCUGCGCUAUGUAUGGGAAGCUGCGGCUAUUUAACUGAAUUACACCGUGCGGAGCAAAUACUGAAGCCAUUAAACACAUCGUGACUUCCUCACAUCAAAGGCCCGGCAGACGAACCUCUUACCAGCAGCCAUGACAGAAUUCUGGUUGAUCUCCGCUCCGGGGGAGAAGACGUGCCAGCAGACCUGGGACAAGCUGAUGGUGGCCACCACGCGCACCAACAACCUCUCCGUUAACAACAAGUUCAACAUCCCCGAUCUCAAGGUCGGAACACUAGAUGUCUUAGUGGGUCUGUCGGAUGAACUGGCUAAACUAGACACUUUUGUGGAAAGUGUGGUGAAGAAGGUCGCUCAGUACAUGGCCGAUGUUCUGGAGGACAGCCGAGACAAAGUCCAGGAGAACCUGCUUGCUAAUGGAGUUGAUCUAGUCACCUAUAUCACCAGAUUUCAGUGGGAUAUGGCCAAGUAUCCAAUCAAACAGUCGCUGAAAAACAUCUCCGAGAUCAUCUCCAAGCAAGCGACUCAGAUAGACAAUGACCUGAAGGCCCGAGCUUCAGCCUACAACAACCUGAAGGGAAACCUGCAGAACCUGGAGAGGAAGAAUGCGGGGAGCUUGAUGACCAGGAGUUUGGCUGACAUAGUGAAAAAAGAGGACUUUGUACUGGACUCAGAGUACCUGAUUACAAUGCUGGUGGUCGUCCUAAAGACAAGCUACGCUGACUGGCAGAAGACGUAUGAAACCCUGUCAGAAAUGGUCGUGCCACGCUCCACUAAGCUGCUGUUUGAAGACCACGACAGCGGUCUGUUCAGCGUCACUCUCUUCAGGAAGGCUAUAGAUGACUUCAAGCACAAGGCCAGAGAAAACAAGUUUACAGUGCGUGACUUCCAGUACAAUGAGGAGGAGAUGAAGGCAGACAAAGAAGAGAUGACACGUUUGUCCACUGACAAGAAGAAACAGUUUGGGCCUUUGGUACGAUGGCUGAAAGUGAAUUUCAGUGAAGCCUUCAUCGCGUGGAUUCACAUAAAAGCCCUGCGUGUGUUUGUGGAGUCAGUAUUGAGAUAUGGGCUGCCAGUGAACUUCCAGGCCAUGCUGCUGCAGCCCAACAAGAAGAACAUGAAGAAGCUGAGGGAGGUGCUGUCCGAGCUGUACAAACACCUGGACAGCAGCGCUGCGAUCAUUGAUGCCGCUAUGGACAUCCCAGGGCUGAACUUGAGCCAGCAGGAGUACUACCCCUACGUUUACUACAAGAUCGACUGCAACCUGCUGGAGUUCAAAGUCUAGAUACAUUGGCGUCAUCAUCUCACUCUCUGUGCAGUAGUGUUCUGAUGUGACAUGUUCACAACCCCAAGCUUUAAUUUAUUUCCCCGUUUUUCCUGUUUUUUCGCCUUUUGUGUUCUCAUCCUCUUUUCCUCUCUUAUGUUCCAGGUACAUUCCUGGGUCCAUAUUGGAUAAGUUGUUGAACUUCUGUUCUAAUAAACUUGACAAAUAGUGGCCCUCUUCUUUGUUGUGACUUCCUGUUCGCUGUAAAAGUGAAUAGCUUCCCAGUUUACAACCACCAAAAUGUUUGAAAUUCCCUCAUGGCAUCAAAGGACAUGUAAAAUACUGCAUUUAUAUUGUUUUUUCCCCCCAUCACCCUAUUACCCUUUAUUUAAAGCAACAAAAACGGUACAUGUGUGGGAGAAAUGGGGAGGAAAAUAAAUGUAUGUUAAAUAUAGUAUUUAUUUAAAGCCUCUAAAAUCAGUGAAUAUGUUUAUGUUUGUUCAGUUUUUGAAAGUGAUGUGUUUUUUAGCUCCAUGUAAGCAUUGUCUGUUUACAAGUAGAUGCUGACCAUCGUUUCCCCACUCAAACUAUAAUCCUGUGAAAUACUGAGAUAGGUCAUUUUACAGUAUAAAGAAGCAAUAUGUUUUCUGGUUGUAUGCUCCUAUCAUUUCUGUAUAUUAAGCAGUUUGAGAAAAAUAAUGAUAGGUCUAUGUGCAAAUACUGUAUUGUCAAUAUAAUUGAAGAUUGAACCACAUAUUUAAAAAAAAAGUGAAAAAUAAAUACUCUGUGUAAAAUAUA